GGCCUGCCCGCGGGGGGUGCCGGAGGGGGCGGGGGAGAAGGAGGAGGAAGCAGUGUGAUGGCCCUGGACGGCGAGCGGGGGGAGCAGGAGGAGGAGAAGAAAAAGAAGAAGAAGAAAAAGAAGAGGAAGAAGAAGGAGGAGGAGGAGGAGGGGGCUGAGAAGAGCAGCUCAACCUUCGCGGCCGCGAUGGGAGAGAACGAAGCUGCGCUCCGGGCCAGCGGCAGGGGGCUCUCGGACCCGUGGGCAGAUUCCAUGGGGGUGCGACCCCGCACCACGGAGCGCCACAUCACAGUGCACAGGCGGCUCGUACUGGCCUUCGCCGUGUCCAUCGUGGCUCUGCUUGCGGUCACCAUGCUCGCAGUACUGCUCAGCUUGCGCUUCGACGAGUGUGGGGCGAGCGCAUCACCGGGCGCAGACGGCAGUCCCGCUGGCUUCCCACCGCGCGGUGGCAACGGAAGCCUUCCGGGUUCCGCCAGGCGCAACCACCACGCUGGCGGGGACUCCGCGCUGCCGGAGGUAGGCAGGGAGGCCACCCCUGGGACCCCGUCCGCCCAACCGUCGGAGGAGGAGCAGGAGCAGUGGCAGCCGUGGACGCAGCUGCGCCUGUCCGGCCACCUGAAGCCGCUACACUACAAUCUGAUGCUCACCGCUUUCAUGGAGAACUUCACCUUCUCCGGGGAGGUCAACGUGGAGAUCGCGUGCCGAAACGCCACCCGCUACGUCGUACUACACGCCUCCCGGGUGGCGGUGGAGAAGGUGCAGGUGGCCGAGGACCGGGUGGCUGGGGCUGUCCCGGUGGCCGGCUUUUUCCUCUACCCACAAACCCAGGUCUUGGUGGUGGUGCUGAAUAGGACCCUGGACGCUCAGAGGAAUUACAACCUGAAAAUCAUCUACAACGCCCUGAUCGAGAACGAGCUCUUGGGCUUCUUCCGCAGCUCCUACGUGAUCCACGGGGAGAGAAGAUUCCUUGGUGUUACUCAGUUUUCGCCUACACAUGCCAGAAAGGCAUUUCCUUGUUUUGACGAGCCCAUCUACAAGGCUACUUUUAAAAUCAGCAUCAAGCAUCAAGCAACCUAUUUAUCUUUAUCCAACAUGCCAGUGGAAACUUCUGUGUUUGAGGAAGAUGGAUGGGUUACGGAUCACUUUUCACAGACCCCUCUCAUGUCCACAUAUUAUUUAGCCUGGGCUAUUUGCAACUUCACAUUCAGAGAAACUACCACCAAGAGUGGGGUUGUAGUACGAUUAUAUGCAAGACCCGAUGCUAUCAGAAGAGGAUCCGGGAACUAUGCUCUCCAUAUAACAAAGAGAUUAAUAGAAUUUUAUGAAGACUACUUUAAAGUGCCCUAUUCCUUGCCAAAACUAGAUCUUUUAGCUGUGCCUAAGCAUCCGUAUGCUGCUAUGGAGAACUGGGGACUAAGUAUUUUUGUGGAACAGAGAAUACUGCUGGAUCCCAGUGUUUCGUCUAUUUCUUAUCUGCUGGAUGUCACCAUGGUCAUUGUUCAUGAGAUAUGUCACCAGUGGUUUGGUGACCUCGUGACUCCUGUGUGGUGGGAAGACGUGUGGCUAAAGGAAGGUUUUGCUCACUACUUUGAAUUUGUUGGGACAGACUACCUCUACCCUGGCUGGAACAUGGAAAAGCAGAGGUUUCUGACAGACGUUCUGCAUGAAGUGAUGCUGCUGGACGGCUUGGCCAGUUCCCAUCCAGUAUCACAGGAAGUGCUACAGGCAACAGAUAUUGACAGGGUGUUUGACUGGAUCGCAUACAAAAAGGGUGCUGCUUUAAUUAGAAUGCUGGCUAAUUUUAUGGGCCAUUCAGUAUUUCAGAGGGGUUUGCAAGAUUAUUUAACCAUUCAUAAGUAUGGCAAUGCCGCCAGAAAUGAUCUCUGGAAUACACUAUCAGAGGCAUUAAAAAGGAAUGGAAAAUAUGUAAACAUACAAGAAGUAAUGGAUCAAUGGACACUCCAGAUGGGUUAUCCUGUCAUCACCAUCUUGGGAAAUACAACAGCAGAAAAUUGGAUUAUAAUUACCCAACAACAUUUUAUUUAUGACAUCAGUACUAAAACGAAAGCACUUGCACUGCAAAAUAACAGUUACCUGUGGCAGAUUCCAUUAACUAUUGUUAGGAAAAGAAGCCAUGUGUCUUCAGAAGCAAUUAUUUGGGUGUCUAACAAAUCAGAGAACCACAGAAUAACUUCUUUGGACAAAGGAAGCUGGUUGCUUGGGAACAUCAAUCAAACUGGCUAUUUUAGAGUCAACUAUGAUUUAAGAAAUUGGAGAUUAUUAAUUGAUCAGUUAAUCAGGAACCACGAGGUUCUCUCUGUCAGUAAUCGAGCAGGUUUGAUUGACGAUGCCUUCAGCCUAGCCAGAGCUGGCUAUUUGCCUCAGAACAUUCCCCUGGAGAUUAUCAGAUACCUGUCUGAGGAGAAGGAUUUUCUUCCUUGGCAUGCUGCCAGCCGAGCUCUUUAUCCUCUAGAUAAACUACUGGACCGCAUGGAGAAAUACAAUGUCUUCAAUGAAUAUAUUUUAAAGCAAGUUGCAACAACGUACAUCAAGCUUGGAUGGCCAAAAAACAAUUUUAAUGGAUCCCUUGUUCAAGCAUCCUACCAACAUGAAGAACUACGUAGAGAAGUUAUAAUGCUGGCAUGCAGUUUUGGCAACAAGCACUGUCACCAACAGGCAUCCACACUUAUUUCAGAUUGGAUUUCCAGCAACAGGAACAGAAUACCACUAAAUGUUAGAGACAUCGUGUACUGUACAGGAGUUUCACUGCUAGAUGAGGAUGUCUGGGAGUUCAUAUGGAUGAAAUUCCACUCCACCACGGCAGUUUCUGAGAAGAAAAUAUUAUUGGAAGCCUUAACUUGCAGUGAUGACAGGAAUUUAUUAAAUAGGCUUCUGAAUCUGUCACUGAAUUCUGAGGUGGUGCUGGAUCAAGAUGCAAUCGAUGUGAUAAUCCAUGUAGCACGAAAUCCACAUGGCCGGGACCUGGCCUGGAAGUUUUUCAGAGAUAAGUGGAAAAUAUUAAAUACCAGGUAUGGAGAGGCAUUAUUUAUGAAUUCCAAACUUAUCAGUGGAGUUACAGAAUUUCUUAAUACUGAAGGUGAACUCAAAGAGCUAAAGAACUUUAUGAAGAGCUAUGAUGGAGUAGCUGCUGCUUCUUUCUCCAGAGCGGUGGAAACAGUGGAAGCCAACGUGCGCUGGAAAAUGCUUUACCAAGACGAGCUUUUCCAAUGGUUAGGAAAAGCUCUGAGACACUAGUAUAUGUCAUACACCAGUCAGCUCAGAAUUUUGUGAGAAGACCUGCUUUCUGUGGAAUGAGGAAAAUAUGCUACAUGGAGAAUGGCCAGAUUUUCAGUGUUAACGUGUGGGAGGAAAUUUUUUUUAAUUGUUGGUUUUGGGGGAGUGUGUGUGUGUGUGUGUGUGUGUGUGCGCUUCAUUCAUUCUGUUUUGUUUCUCUACUGGGUGUCCUUCUCUAAAGAAACUCUUGCAAGUGAAACUAGCCAUGAUUGCUUCAGCUGUACAUUCCUUGCUCUCCAGGACCAAAUAUGAUAGUGAUGCAUGUUGGUGUUGCAGUAAGUUUGGAAACACGUAUUCAGAAUAAUUUGUGCAUGGUUGUAUGGUCCUGCCUGUGUUUCAGCAUGCUUAUUUAAAAUGUCCAAUGCUGUAUGUGAAUAUAUGUUACCUCCAGGAUGGGCAUUAUGCAAAAGCACAAAGAUUAUCUAUGACAAUCAGUGUUGCAAUGAAAGAAACACUAAAGAAAGGGAAUUAUAUUCUUAGUCUUGGGCAUUGUAAGAAGUAAAAUAGCCCUUUAAGUGAUCAGUGUCACUUAUUUCAGCACUUGGAUUGUCUUGCAAUGAUUACUCUAUUGCUAACUCAUUUUCUUUGAGUUAAAUCUGUGUAUACAUUUAAAAAGGCAUAUCGAUAGUGUAUGCAUAUGUAUAUGUACAUAGGGAAGCCCCAUAUGUAUAUAGUAUGUGGUACACUGCACUUCUGCAAAGAAUCUCUUCAGAUCAAAGAAAAUUUAUCUCUUUUUAUAAACUAAUGCAAUCUUAGAAAAGGCUGAAAAGAAUUUAUCUCAACACUGUCGUUCCUGACAAUUUCCUGACUAAAUUUCUCAACUGUUGCGGAUCUUUGUCAUCUACUUCCUGAACAAUUGUCUAUUCUACUACAUAAAAAUGAAUUCAAACAAAAUUUAUGUAUAAACUCAACAUUGUUCUAAUUCUCCUAAGUAAGUGGCCACCUCACUUUCCAAAUAUAGAUUUUGUCAUCCUUUUUGUCCAACUUCCUGUUGCAUAAAACAAUUGUGCAUAUUUAGUAAUUGUUAGUGCUGCAAAAAUAUUUAUUUUUCAUCUUGUUUGGUUUUCCUUCUCAUGUUGGGUGGUCCCGAGAGUUCAAAACUCUCUCUGUAUGUUGGUUUUGUGUCUGUGUGAAUCUAAUCCUCCAUUAAGCAACCAUACCUCAAGAGGGUCUAUUAGCCUGCAAUGACCUUUGAUGCCAGUUGUGCCAUCAAUUAAGAAGAAAAGUUACUUUUCUUGAGCAAAGCUUUUUCUUUGGCAUUGACCACCCUUUUUGUGGCUUUGUGUUAUGUAACACAAGUGUUUAUUAAUGAUUUCUCACCCAGUAGGCCAGCUCUCCAAACAUUGCUCAGAUACUCCAAAUUGACACAUUUUGUUUAUCAUUAUAAACUACCAAUACAACUACUGUACAUAAGUCAAAUGUUUGUGGACCACUUUCUAUUUUCCUGAGGUUUUCCACUCCUCCAAAUCUUCUUGCAAAUCACUGAAAGAAAAUAUUGUAACUCUAAUAGUCAGUGCACACUGGGGGAAAAACAGUUAUUUUAGAAACCGGAGUCAUUGAUUUAUUGUAAGUUUGUAGUUCCUAAUUCAUGGAAUGAGUAUCACCUAAAAUUGAAUUUUAUCUUUUUAGCAGGUAAUAUAUAUUUACACCUAAAUUUUCCAGCACUUCAUUCAAUUAAAACACAUGACUUUUAAGUACUCUAUGUGGUGUUAAUAAGGCAUAGUAAUGCUUUGUAUAAAAUCUAUGAGUCAUCCCACCUAUCAGAAGUAAUGAAAUUCAAUUAGUACUCAUCACAUAAUCCUUCAGGGAUGAGUCUGAGACAUAUCUAUAAUAAAUAUCACACUACUGUGCAUGGUACAAAACAUGUACCAUGUCACCACUGGAUUCAUAUUAUAGAGAAGAUAAAAAACUAGAGGUGGAUGUCUUGUUUUUUGUUGUGAAUUACUGAAAAUUCUUAGUAGCUGUGACAUUCUUUUGAGUGAAAUCACCAUUUCCAGAUUUGAGUUAGAAGGGCUGUUAAAGUUCUUUUUUCCUCCCCACUGUUAAUAAUCUUAAUCCUCUUUCAGUAUUUUAGUGGCCUUGAACAACUGGUUUAGCUACAAUGUCAAAUCCUAAGUGUAUAAUUAUGUGCAAUGUUCAAUACCUCAUAUAAUACUUGUUCAACAGUAUAAGUGGUAUCAAUGACAUUGAGAUGGAAUUUUUGUUCUACAUAUUUUUCAAUAGUUAUCCUUUCAAAUGUUGAAGAUUAUAUCAGGCUUUAACGUUUUUUAGUUGUUUAAUAAGUAAUAUUUUCAAAAUAAUAAAAUGACCAAUGAUAUCUCUUGGAAUAUUCUGUAAAAUGUAGUUAUAAAAUUCUAUUUUCUACAUAGAAUUUUUAUCUUUUUUCUCUUCUUUGUCUGUUUUACAAAUCAUAUAUAUGCAUGAAAUAACAGUUUGUUGAAAGUAUCCAACAUCUAGGCUUAAAACUUUACUGUGCCAAUGUAUGUACAACAGCAAAACUUGGUUUCAAUUAGAAAGAACUGAGUUAUUUACCAUACUGAGUAUUAAGUAUCUCUAAGUAACUUGUAAAUAAAAAGUUUUAUCUCUUUCGACACAU